CUCAGAGGUCACCUCCACCAGAUGGAACCAAGCAAUGAAACAAAAUUUUCAAAGUUUCUUCUUCUGGGAUUUUCAGAGGAACCAGGAAUGCAGCCCCUCAUAUUUGGGCUUUUCCUCUCCAUGUACCUGAUCACUGUGUUUGGGAACCUGCUCAUCAUCUUGGCCAUCAGCACAGACCCCAACCUCCACACGCCCAUGUACUUCUUCCUGGCCAACCUGUCCUUUGCAGACAUCUGCUUCACGUCCACCACUGUCCCGAAGAUGCUGGUGAACAUCCGGACUCAGAGCAAAGUCAUAACCUAUGCAGGCUGUAUCACACAGAUUUAUUUUCUCAUACUCUUUGCUGUGUUGGACAUCUUUCUCCUGAGUAUGAUGGCCUAUGACCGGUUUGUGGCCAUCUGUCACCCCCUGCACUACACGAUCAUCAUGAACCCCCGGCUCUGUGGGCUGCUGGUUCUGGUGUCCUGGAUCACAUGUGUCCUGCAUUCCCUGUUACAAAGUUUAAUGAUGUUGCGGCUGUCCUUCUGUACACACUUGCAUAUCCCCCACUUUUUCUGUGAACUUAAUCAGAUGCUCCAACUGGCCUGUUCUGAUACCUUUCUUAAUAACGUGGUGAUGUAUUUUGCAGCUGUCCUAUUAGCUGGUGGUCCUUUUGCUGGGAUCCUUUACUCUUAUUCCAAGAUAGUUUCCUCCAUACAUGGGAUCUCAUCAGCUGAGGGAAAGUGUAAAGCAUUUUCCACCUGUGCAUCUCAUCUAUCGGUUGUCUCCUUAUUUUAUUGUACGAUGCUCGGUGUGUACUUGAGCUCUGCUGCUACCCACAGCUCACGGUCAAGUGCCACAGCCUCGGUGAUGUACACGGUGGUCACGCCCAUGCUGAACCCCUUCAUCUACAGCUUGAGGAACAAAGACAUGAAAAGGGCUCUGAAAGCAUUCUUUGGGAAGGAGACCCUUCCAUGGCCAAUCGUCAUAAGAUUGAAGAAGUGCCUCUGAUUGCAGGGGUCAAAGCCUCUGGGUCAGAGAUUGUGAUCUUUAUUCAGACUGUAGAUGUAGUAUUGCUCUUUCCGUUUAUUUCCUUGUCCUCAACUUCCAUAUGCCAUGUAUG